AUGAGUUCCGAUCAAGAUGACUCGCCGAAGCCAAGGCAUAGACACAAUAAAUGGUCUACAUCUGAAGAUAACAUGCUCAAGUCACUUGUACAAUCAUCCAAAAAACUGAAUUGGUUCGAAAUUUCACGUAAAAUGCAAAAUAGGAAUCCUCGUCAAUGCCAAGAAAGAUGGGAGUAUUAUUUAUCCCCUUUUGUUAAUAAUUCCCCUUGGACACCGCAGGAAGAUGCCCUACUGUUGCAAAAAUUCAAAGAAUUUGGGUCAAGAUGGACUGUAAUUGCAAGAUUCUUUUAUAAUAGGACCAAUACUAAUGUAAAAAAUAGAUUCCUUGCAAUGGUGCGGAAUUCAAACCAACUUCAGCAGAUGAAAGUUUUGGAUGAAGUAUCUUCUCCAUGUGAUAAGGUAUUAUUUCCAAAUAUAUCGGAUCUUGAUGCAUCAUUGCCACAGAUCUAUCUUGAUAAGUUUGCGAUGAUGGAUUCUCUCCAUUUUUUAUCUGUUUUAAAUUAG